UCGAGAACGAAUCGAGCCUUCAGUCACGAUGGCUAAGGUAGACUUCCUAGAAUUUUAAAAUCCACGAACGAAGAUGCAAUUCAUCGUAGUAAAAUAUGGUUCUAAAGGAUUCAGCCCAGGAGCAUGAUAAAGAUGUUCAUGGGUUUACGCAAUCAAAAUUCCUGGCAGUCAAAGAAGGACUCGAGCGAGAAGUUGAUGUUGAGCCGGCAAAGCCAAUUUUUCCCGGUGGCAAACAAGUCAAACAUGUCGUAUCUGGAGGAGUUGCAGGCGCUUUGUCACGAACUUGUGUUUCGCCUUUAGAAAGAGUGAAAAUUCUUCUACAGAUUCAAGUUAAGGAUCCAAAAUUUUCAGGCGUUGGUGCAACUUUGAUCAAAAUAGGAAGAGAGGAAGGGGUAAAGGGUUAUUUUAAGGGUAAUGGAACAAAUGUUCUUAGAAUUAUUCCGUACUCAGCAGUGCAAUUUGCUUCAUAUGAAGAAUUCAAGAAGCUUCUGAAGGUUUCAGAAGAUCUUCAAAACCAAACUCCUUUGCGGCGACUAGUUGCUGGAGGUUUGGCUGGGACAACAUCUGUUAUUGCAACUUAUCCUCUUGAUCUUGUAAGAACAAGACUUGCAGCACAAUGUGAAGGGGCAGAGAGAAGAUACAGGAAUAUUUUACAUGCAUUUCAAACAAUUCUGAAAGAUGAAGGAGGACUUAUCAGUGGUUGUCUUUACAAAGGACUUCCUCCAACUGUCAUGGGAAUUGCUCCCUACAUAGGCUUGAAUUUUGCUGUUUAUGAAACUUUGAAAGAUUUUGUCCUGGGGCAUUUAAUUGUGAGAGCACGGGGAGCAGAGCUGAAAAGAAUGGACAAAGAUAGGGAAUUACCUGUUGUGGUUCGUCUCAUUUGUGGUGGACUAGCAGGAGGUAUUUCUCAAACUGUAACUUAUCCUUUAGAUGUGGUGAGAAGACGAAUGCAAAUGAAAGGGAUCAGUGGGGACCUGUUUGCGUACACCUCUACUAAACAUGCAUUCACAACCAUUGUUCAAGUGGAAGGAGUAAAAGGUUUAUACAAAGGAAUGUGGCCCAAUCUGCUCAAGGUUGCCCCACUUGUUGGAAUCCAGUUUGUAACUUAUGAAAUAACCAAGGCCUUCUUGUAUGGCCAAGGACUUCAACUCCCCUGGAGAUAACAAGGCGACAUGCGUUUAUCCUUAGAGUAAUUGCCUUUAAUGAUAACAAAUUAGAGCUGAAAACCCGGGGUUCGUGAAGUGAAGACUUCAUACCUGAAACAAGCAGAUAUUCGAAUUGUCCAUUUGGUUAUUUAAUACCAACUGAUAAAAAUUCAAGCUACUGCUUUGUAUUUUUUAAGAAGCAAUUGAUAUUUAAGGUUGCUGUUAAGUUAUGCUGUUUCCCUUUUGGAAAAUGUGGUGUUAAAGACACUAAUCAUACAGAAAACUACGCACAAUGAUCAGGGGUACAACACAGUCACCAUCUGAAGUUAUUUUUAUUUUUUGCACCUACUUUUCCAUUCCUUUCCACAAAGCGAGAGCUUAACGCAUGUCCUGGCGUAGGGAUCUUCUUUACAUGUCUGUAGAUAAGCACAGUUCCUAAAUACUUUUCUUAACUAAAUUGUUAACUAAUCAAUCGAAUUAAAGUGAGUAUAUGAA